UGUCUGGCUUCCUCCCCUUCUCUUCUCCUCCUUGUCCGAUUUUAGUUGCUCUCGUGCCCCGCUAGUCCGUCCGGGGGAAACCGAAGAACCACUCGACAAAGUCCCAACUAUGGAAGGCGACAACAUAAUAAUGCCUGUUUGACUCGGGAAGAUUUUCCAAGAUGCCAGGCCUUUUGUCCAGUCCUGUGUGUCUGACAGUCAUCUGUUUUUUGUCUUGGUCGCUGCGUCCCAGUUGUGCUCAGAUUCGGACUGAUGAAGUGUCAGGCGUGCAGUACGGACGCUUGGAGUCAAAUGUGACACUGACAUGCGGGAAGUCACAAAUCAGGAUACCUGUGGUAUGGCAUCUCAACCACAGCUCCGUGUUGCCAUGGCACAAAGUGACAUCAGAUGGAACCUUGGUGCUUCUGCACGUCGACCACUCAGCGCAGGGCAACUACAGCUGCUAUGACAACCGGGGGCUCCUCCUCCACUCUGUCAAACUCAGACUGGGCCACCCCCCUGGGCUGCUGAGCAUUUCCUGUAAAGUGCCCAAUCACACGCAUGUUCGCUGCUCCUGGGUGGAUUCAGUAAAGACCUUCCUGCCAGCCAAGUACAACGCCUCCUUCAGGGGGACUGGUCAGGAGUGGAGGCCAUGCGUUGUGGAUGUCGCCCGCAAGCACUGUGACGUAGAUCAUCCUGCCUUCUGGCAGACCAUCCAUACCCUGAGAAUCUCCGAGACCAACGCCCUCGGCUCUGAGACAACAUCUGUCCGGUUUAAGUUACAUGAGCUAUUGAAACCAGACCCUCCAGAGUCGGUGUUGGUGAAUGAGCUAGAAGGGUAUCCAAAGAGGCUGAUCGUCUCAUGGAACUUUCCCUCCUCCUGGCCGCUGCAUGAUGCUUUCCCCCUUAUGUUUCAGAUCAGAUACAGGCCAUAUGGCUCCAUAUACUGGUCAGAGGUUUACGCGGAGGAGAGUCCAGUCGUGAUAUUCGAUGCCCUGGCUGGUUACCUCCACCAGGUUCAACUUCGAGCCCGCGACGAGGUGAAUUCUGAGAGCCAGUGGAGUGAAUGGAGUCCCCUGCUUCUCGCCAGGCCUUGGGAAGUCUCCUCCACGUCUGAAUCUCCAGAGCCGCUCCAGCCAGACUAUUUCUUAACCUUCAACACAAAACCCGAAACCUCCACUGCAGUGACACACCCUCGUGAUCGUCAUGAGGAUGAAGGAAAUUUGGGUUUGGUGAUUCUGCUGGUUUUGUUCUCCGUGGUCAUCCUCACCACCGUCCUUUCCCUCAUCUUUGUCGUGUGGGUAAGGCAAAGGCGGCGUGAUCAUGUGACCAAACAGGAACUCACCGCCAUGGUCAAGAUGAAGUCCAUGCCAAUCUAAUGUUGAUUUCAAGCAUCUUCUCCUCGUCAGCCCGUUCUAGGGCUCCUCCCAAGAGUCAGCCAAGCUUACCGUACAUUAACCAGAAUGCAUCAGCGAGGGUCCCAUACAGGGAACUUUGCGGAGUAGGGUGAAGUUACCCACUACAUAAAAGCUGACUGAAGGGUAUGUUUUGCGAGAUUUUCCUGGACACAUUAACUGGUCACAUCUAAGUGCACUACCCAUAAUGCAUCAGCAGACUCCACCUACUGUCCAUGGGGACAGGGAAAACAGACCCUAGUCUGUUUUCUUUAUUUUCACUUCAGCAACUUCACUGCAGCUCAGCGGACUGUGGCAGCGACACGGCAUCAGGACAUUUGAGUUCACUCACAACCAAUGCUGCUUCAGGUGGACUCACUCCUCAGCCUUUUCGGAGAGGAGCAACAUUUUUUUUUUUUUUUUUUUUUUACUUUUAAGCAACCAGUAAGGACAAGAAGUGCAGCUGCCAAACAAGAGAACAUAGGCAUUUUCUUUGUGGGAAGUGAAAGAUUUUUUUUCUGGGACAACUUUCCUCUCUUCUCCCAGAACUCUUCUCAUUCUUUUUGAGAGAGUAAUGUGCGUCCGUUAUUCCAUCGUCUGACCGACCGACUGAAUGCUGUGAAGGAAGCAUAACAAUCUCUGUGUGUGCAUCUGGUGCCAAAGCAGCAACUACGGGCAUUAAUGGUCUCAUCUGAGGGACAGGAGGCAACCUGUUGCUGGCUCCUGACCUGAGGGAUGGACAUGGAGAAUAAGGUCCAGGGUGGGCGGGUUGGGUUGUAGAGACUUUAUUUCAUUUAUGACAACUGAUUCAGUGUUGCAUGAUAUGCCUGUUUUGUUGUCUGAGGUCUAUUAGCACAGGUGUGCUUUUGUUUCUUUUAUCAUACCUCUUUCUAUCCAUCCAUCCAUCCAUCCAUCCAUCCACUGUUACUGAAUGUGUGUGAAUGAAAGACACAUAUAAUAGAGAGACAGAGAAGAAGAGACCCACCUUUCACAAACCACAAGCAUUAUGUCAUUACAUAGACACUUAGUUAGCAAGAGAAUAUUAAACCGUUUUUUUUUUGUUUUUUUGAAAUAAUCCCCCUAAACUAAAAGUCCUUUGGGAAACUUCUCUUGUGACCAAGUCUCCCAGAUAUUUUGGGUGUCUCUUAGACAGCGCUACUGUAGGUGCAGUUCAAAUGGGAUGAAAAUGGAUGCAGGUUUCCUAGUGCACCUCGCCGCUAACCUUUACAUGGGUUCUUUUUCACAUGGCGAGCGGGCUCUCACAAUCAAUGACAAUCAAAAUGGUAGCAGUACCAUCACCACUUACUCAGAAUUGAGAUGGUUUGUGGACAGUUAAUAUGGAAACAUUCAGUGGCAUCAUUUUUCUUCGACACCAUGUUAUAUAACACACCGUAUGGACCAGUAAGCUUACAGUGGUACAUUAGAUUUUGCUGUAAUGUGGGUGCGUUGGUGUAGCUGAACAUAGGGAUUGCACUUGUCUUACUUUAGAAGGCAGAGAUGUCUCCACCUCACACAUGAAAGCAGAGUUCACGUAGCAGAGCGUGCUGGUUGGUGGGUGUGAACAGGAGAUGAGCAACAACACGAUUAACUCACAAGAGCGACCCUCGCUCACUGUACUCGUGUCUCACGACCCGCCAACUCAUGGAAAAAUGAAUGAUCGCUGGGUGGCCAGUGCUCAGCGUAUGAAAAACCCCAAACUAUAUCUGGUUUAGUUUUGCGUUUGGCACCUACAGACCUUGUGUCCUGUCUGUAACACAUGGAAGUGAGAGGCUCAAGUGGGGCACUCACACUAACAAAAUACAAAAAUAUAUAUAUUUCUUUCUCUUCUUGUUGGUCUGGUGGUUAUGUUCUGUUGAUCAAAAGCUGUGUAGUUAUCACCAUAUUGAUUGAUUGAUUGACAAACUAUAGUUUGUGUCAGAAACACAAGGUGCAUCUGAGUCAAACUGUAACAACCGUAUGUUCUCUCAAGCUAGCUCCACAUAUUAUGCAUGGAUCCAGUUGAAGCUUUUUUUGUAUAUUAUUGUAUAUCACACUUUAAAUAAAUACGUUUUUAUGUAAUGUAUGUUAUUAUAAAUGAUGUUUAUAUGUAGAGAAGAAAAACAUAUCCUUAGGGAAAUUUUACAAAUUUCACAGACAUAGUUUAAAUCCAUUUUAUGUUAAUUUGUAAUAGACAAAUUAGCAGAUAAUCACAGCUUUACAAAUCAUUACAUGCAAUUCAAUUGUGAAACCCAUUAGACAAAACAAAGCAUUUUAUUUAACUGGAAAAUAAUUCAAAUAAAAACAUCUUUCUUACAAGGGAUCUAAUCAGAGCAAAUGGUAAUAAAUAUUCAGUCAAUAAUCACAUGAUAUUGUUUGUGUAGCAUAACGUUGUCAUGUAAAAUCCCCAAAGUGACUGAAGGGAGAUUGCUACAGAAAGUAUAAGUGACUGAGGAUAAUCCAUGUCUGGAGAACCUUCCCAACAUUGUGUAUUUGUGUCUUUCUCCCCAGUUAUAUGAAGCUGUGUUACUGUACGAUUACUGUAUGGACAAUGUGUUUACUGAACUCGUCUUCAUCCAACUUGCUUUACUUUAUUGUUCAGUUUCAUUCAUUUCUUUGCGUUCAGAUGAAUGAUCUUUUUUGUUCUCCAGUUGUUCCUGUGGAAACAUGCCCAAAGAAAGUCAAACAUUUUCAAAUGAUUCAAAUUAUAUUUGACAGAGAGCUGAUCUUCCUAUUUAAAUUGAAGAUGUGUGUGUGUGUGUGUGUGUGUGUGUGUGUGUAUAUAUAUAUAUAUAUAUAUAUAUAUGGGUGUUAUUCCCCCAAAAAAUUUUUUUUAAAAACAAAUUUAAAUUAUACCCAUAGUCAUUCGUUUAAACUGGAUUUGAUUUUUCUUUUACUGGCAAUGGAUAGGCCAGUAAUGAAUGUACGUUUUUUUUUUUUUUUUUUUUUUUUUUUUUAAUCAAAAUAUUACCUCCAAAUAUUAAGUCUGCAAUCAUUUCCUAAUAUUAUAAUUAUGGAUAUUGAAUUUAUUUCCCCAUGCUUUUCUAGGUUUUUAAGGUCAGGUUAAUGUGACCUUAAUCAAGAUAACAAACACGCUACCUGCUCACUUAUUUUACUCAAAAUGUAUAUGCCGUUUAAUUCAGCAUAACCACAUAAAUAAUGUUAGUUAUUUAGAAGUAAUAGUAAAUAUGAAAGUGCUGUAACUGACAUGAGUAAAGCCAUUUGUUUCAUAAUUGCUCAGUUUCACAGGUAACAGAGUUCAUAUUUGUUCAAUCUGAACAGCAAAAUAAAAGUAAGGAAUAAUAUUUUAUGAUACAUUUUGCAAAGACCCUUCAAAUUUUAUAAACCAUCCAUCAGUUUGAGUUUGAUGUGGGCCAUGUGCAGUAUCCGUGACUGUUUUCCACCCUGUCCAUCCUGUAUUUGAGGUUCAAUGGGACCUGUUUUCUCUUUGUAAGGUGUGUAGCUAUGGAUUGCCAACUUUCUGUUUCACUCCAGUGGUGUCUUCUCUCCUUUUGUUGAUACACUUGUGGUAUUCUCAGUUUUUUUAUGUUCCUCUGCAGUAUGUGAUGGCAGAUGGAGCCUGUUGGUUUUAGUUUUUAAACCUCAAAUUAAACUCAGGCAUCCAUUCUCAGAUGUACAUAGUCUUUUUUUGUUUCUUUUUUUUGCUUCAUGUGUACGACAGAUAUCACCAUAAGCUGUUUUUUUUCCUGUCUUUGUAUGUGUCUGUGAAAUAAAUACUAUUUUAUCACAGUCUUA